AUGAACAUACAUAACAUCUUCUUCGCAAGCCUCGGCCUAGUGGUACUCGACGAGAUCCGCCUUCCCCAUAGGAAACCGCUAACCGAUAUCCUUGGUGGUUCUGGCGCUUACGCCACGCUCGGUGCUCGGCUAUUUCUUCCACAUCCAAAAAGCCAUUCCUUAGGCUGGAUGGUCCAUGUUGGAAGUGACUUUCCGAGACCCGUCGAAGACCGUUUACAAAGCUGGGAUGUGACAUUGAUCAUAGAAAGAGAAUCAAACGAACUUUCGACUAGAGGUUUACUUGAAUACAAAGAUACUACAUUUGGACCCAAGGAGUUCAAAUACACAACACCCAUCCUCGCAAUUCAGGAUGACAGCUUGAAUAACACACCACUCCUGACAUCUAGGGCAUAUCAUUAUCUCGAAACGCCUCAAAAUAUUACCACCCGUCUCUCGAGUCUCCUUGCUCUAAGGGAAAAGGCAGGUGCGCAGGAACGCCCCUUCAUUAUCUGGGAGCCUGCCCCAUUCUCGUGUUCAGUGGUUAAUCUGCAAAGUUGUCUCAACGCUGUACGUAUGGUUGAUGUAUUCUCCCCGAAUCACCUAGAAUUAGCCGCCCUAUUUGGGCAAUCGCGACCCGUCGUAGCAGACAAGGAUAAGAUUGAGUCUCAGGCACUGCGGUUCUUAGACAGCGGCGUGGGCCCGGACGGAAACGGUACGGUGAUUGUCCGGGCAGGUGAGCAUGGCUGCGUCAUUAUGGCUCGUGAUAUGUCUCCUAUUUGGCUACCACCAUUCUACCGAUGUAGACCAGGAGAUAAACCAGACGCUAAGGUGGUCGAUCCUACUGGCGCUGGUAAUACAUUUCUUGGGGCAUUCGCUGCUGGGUAUCUCCAAACGGGAAGUAUUGUUGAGGCUGGUUGUUAUGGCUCCGUUGGAGCUUCUUUUGCCUUGGAGCAGGUGGGCAUGCCGGAAAGGAGCCACGAUGGAGAGGAGGAACGGUGGAAUGGUGCUAAUGUGCUCGCAAGAUUGCAUGGAUAUCGGAAGACUAUUGGACUCCAUAAUAUCCGUGGUUAAUUUAAUCUGGGAAGGCCUUUUAUGGUGUCAAGUGUUUGAUAUAGUGUAGACUAGUGUAGCGUAAAAAGCU